GAAAACACAUAAAUGCGGUCUUAGGCUACACGGAUGACUUUCGCCGAACGCAUAUAUGCGUCCAUAGAGCUCUAAGAGUUAAGUCGAUCAAGCCGAAUGAGAUCUUCGAGAAAUCGGGGCAAAUGAAAUCGUCUUCCGAUCGACGGUAUCGCGUCAAACUUGAUUUCCAUAAAGUAGCAAUCUUUAUUGUUGUCGAAAUUGCUCACGGUAUACGUGCUCUCUUGUCCGACGAGAUAUCGAUCACGCGAGUAUAUAUAUGAAGGUAGGUAUGUGAACCAUCGCCAGAUGAAAUCGACGAGUGUAUCUUUCAAUAAAAAGUAUGAGAAACGUACGUUCGUUUGUUCUUUCGUUCGCGGCGGUAAUAUUUUCCGGUAUUCUAGUGUUUGCCGACGAGAACUCGCACAGUGAUCCAACGAUCCGACAGAGCCAGGAGGAAACGACGGGAAAAAUAUGGAUCUCGCCGAGCGUCAAAGAAUCUUGGAAAGUUCUGGAAAAUGAUUUGCAAGCGACAACGACCGAUUCAGACCAGUCACUGUCGACAAUACUAUGGGAAAAUGAGAUGCAGAACACCGCCGCCGACGACGACGAAUCGAGCUCAUUGCCGAUGAUGCAUCGGAUCGUCGACAGGACGAUAGAAACGGAUCCAGUACUUCUCAGUGCGGAAAUCAAAAGAGAGCCUGAGAGCGGAAUCGAAACGGGACCCGAUGAUCCGUCGUUGUUUAUACGGGAACAACGGCAGAGUUGCUCCUGUAAAACGGAAGCUUCAGAGUUCGUUCACGAUCGCGAGGCCGGUGCCAUGGUGCACGAGAUCUUCUGCGAGGCCGACAGGUUGCUGCAUUACGCGUUGAUCGCCAUUGAGAAUUUACUGUACGAAUUGGGAUUCGACGAACAACUGUUCGAUGCGAAAAGCCAACAGAAUCGUUUGAUCUCGUUGUUCGACCACCUCGCGGGCAAAAGUCCCUUCGAAGUCGUAGAAUAUUGUUUGAAGCACGUCGAGAGGUUUCUGACCAAUCCCGAGUAUCUCGAAUAUCUGUUCGUUGUCAUUCAAAACUCUGUCCCUAUCGACGACAUUCUGAAGACUUGGAAUCGGCUGGAGAUUGCCGUUAAAAAUUUUGUCGGUCGGGUCGCGGAGCUCGUCGGUUCGCACUUCGAUGAAGACGUUGUACAGGGACUGCGGAAAGAGUUGGUGGCCGCGAAAGAAGACACGUUGCAUUUAAUACGGAGAUACUUGUCGAAUCAUUUCGAAGGCAAACCUUUCUCGCACGAGAGAAUAAUAUCGUUCGUGGAAUCGUUGUUGGAUCGAUUUCUCCGUCACGAGUCGUUCUCGCGAGUUCUCGAUAUUAUAAACGAUAUCACCGACACGGUGCAAGAUCUACAUCACGGUCCUCGCCCGUUCGACUUGCAGGAACGUAUCGUUGCCCCGGCAAAAAAUUUAAUUUCAUCUUUUUUAUCGAAAAUUCAGAUCAGUCCAUCCGCGGACAGAAUACUGAACGACGGAAAAGAUCUGCUCCAUAGAGUGUUCUAUCCAAGUUCGAUGAUUACGGACGAAUCGUCGUCUAAAAUUCAAAACGAUAUAAUUAAUCCUUUGAGGAACGCCCAGGAAUUUCUCCUACAGAACGAAAUGCCUUCGCCGCUUCGAAUAGGGCGAGCCUUUCAAGCCGAUUUCUUCUCGCCUUCUUCGCAGUUAGAAACAGUGGCAUACAAUAAUAAUAAUAAU